CAAGCAAAGGAAAAACAAAUUUGCGCAAAGGUUUGCACCGUCUAUCAAUGGCGAAUCUGAAAACCGAUUCCCCUCUCUCCACCCGCAUCGCCCGGUCCUUCCUCCACUUCCUCAACUCCGUUGAGCUGUCGGACGGAGCUGACGCUGAAGUGCUUCAAGUUGCAAAGGAAUGCUUGGCGGAGGUUUUUAAGAUUGAUCAGUCUUCAAUCGAUAGUCAGUCGAAUUGUGAUUCGUUAGUCGACAUUUUCAGCUCAAGAGUAGAAUCUGGGAGGCGUAUCGGUAAUAAUGGUGUUUCUGAUUCCGAGGCGCCGGCUUCGUCUAGUGGGAAGGAUGCGGGAGAUAAGGACAGAACACGGGAGCCACAUUCACUUGGAAAAGAUGAACUUUUUGGUCAGUUUUUUGGUGCUCUUGAAAACAUCCACUAUUUCAGAAGAAUGCCUGAUGGGAAUGAUGAUCAGAUCGAGCUUGAUAGAGCAACAAACCUAUUUCAUAAUGCUGUGCAGGAAAUGCAGACAACAGGGUGUCAAACUUUUGAUCAGAAAAUGCUGGCAGAGACCUUCAAAACACAAGGUAACAAGGCCAUGCAGUCUAAACUCUACACAGAAGCAAUUGAACUAUAUACCUUUGCUAUUGCCUUAUGUGAAGGCAAUGCUGUUUACUACUGCAACAGGGCAGCUGCAUAUACCCAGAUUCAGCGAUAUGAUGAAGCAGUUCGGGAUUGUUUGAAAUCCAUAGAGAUCAAUCCAAAUUAUAGCAAGGCUUAUAGUCGCCUAGGAUUUGCUUACUAUGCUCAAGGGAAGUACAGGGAUGCUAUUGAUAAAGGAUUUUCAAAAGCCUUGCAGCUGGAACCUAAUAACGCUUCAGUGAAAGAAAAUAUCCGGGUUGCCGAAAUGAAGCUGAAAAAUGAGCAACACAGGGCAGGAUCUGGUCAGAGUUCUACCUCCACGAGUCAUGGACAGUCCAGCCACCAACAUGAAGGUCGACCAAGAAGUAGUUCCGCAUCAGCACCUCCGUUUUCCAUGCCUUUCAACAUGAACGGUUUCCCCCCUGAUAUCACUAGCAUGGUGAUGAAUAUGACUGGCAACAUGUUCCAAGAUGGGCCUGAGGGAGCAAGUCAAGCUGGUCCACACAACGAGCCAGGAGUCAGAGUCGAUGGCAAUGUAAAUUUCAACGUCAAUGAACUGCCCGAGGAAAUAUCUGGUGCUUUCAGGUCUAUGAUGGGGAUGUUCUCUGGAGCAUCACCCAAUGGGAAUCAACAAGAUAACAACAAUGGAAGACCAGCUCCGAGCUGAGACAACGAUUUACUGCUUGAACAAACGCUUGUACAGUCCUCAAACUCGAUCUCUACUUUUGACUUAUUUUGAGAACCCUACUGCAGCUCUACUCAAUAGAUUUGCGCAGGAGCAGAAUCUUGGUUGCUGGAUGUAUAAUGCAAAUUCAGGUAAAUUUGAAAUUUUGAAUUAUCCCUCUAUAUGGGCAAAUGUUUUCAGUUUGUUCGAGGGAAAUGUAUUAAUUAACAAUCGAAUUAUUAAUCCAACAAUAAUUGAAUUAAGUUGUGGCUCUGACAAGCCCUCACUUCUA